UGGAGAUUUUCUUCUGUUUUGUUUUUUCCUUUGACGGGUUUGGGAAGUCUAAGCUCUCUGUUCUAUAUGGGGUUGAGUUUUAGAAUCUUGGAAGUGGUGGUGGGUUUAGAACAGCAGAAGGUUAUUUAUUUUGUUCAGAACUUCUGAGUUUUCACUCAUUGUCUCAUUUUUUUCAGUUUUGGUCCGGGUUUUUGAGCGGGGAAAUUGGAGGACUUGGCCUAAAGUGGGUGUUUGAUCACUGGCGUUUUUUCUCAGGGGUGUCGUUUCAAACUGGGAUUGGUGGUUUUUGUGGUGGGUCUUCAUUCCCCUCUUGUAAUGGUUUUGGGGCGAAGGUUUCGGGGGUUGUUCAAAUUUGAAUUGUUGAAGGUGCUAAUUUGAUGACUUUUCGAUGCCCUUGAAGUUAGUUUUCGGUCUGUUGGGACAUUUUGUGGGUUUGUACUGAAUCUCCUUGGAGAUUAAGGUGGUUUUGGCCUGAGAUUAGUGGUUUUUACAAGUAGAUUUUCAGAAUUCGGCAGUGUUUGUGGUGAGAACGCAAGUAUCUGUUUUCCCUUCUAAAGAAGAAGUGAGAUUUUUGGUCGUUUUCCCAAAUUUGAGAGACUGAUUUCGGGAUUUUGGAACUUUCGGUGAUUUUAGCUGAUGUGUUUAUAAGUGGCUUUGUCUCUUUUGAUGUCUUUUUGUUCUUCUGUAAUUUCGUUGGGGCAGUUCAGGGUGGUUGAGUUUUUCUGACUAAAAAUCCUGAAAUGUACUUGGGUUGGUUGUCAGCGUACAGGGAAUGAUUAAGCGACGGGGUCUUAGGAUGGGUUUAAGCUUUUCUGGAGUGAUUCUGAGCAAGUCUUCCUGCACUCUGUUCUGAACCAAGGAUAGCUCAGGUUCUUUACUCUCUGGAUGCGGUUUUCUGCUUCAGCAUUCUAAAAUUGGAGGGUUUAUUUAAAGGUAUUUAAGAGUUGCAGAAGUUUUUGUUACACUUGAAACAACCUCUGUUCGAAGCCCAUCUUUUACUUUAUAUUUCUUCCCAUUUUCCUUUUCCUGAAAUGGCCUGUAUGAAGCUGGGUUCCAAAACCGAUGCAUUCCAACGGCAAGGGCAAGCCUGGUUCUGUACGACUGGACUUCCCAGUGAUGUUGUUGUUGAAGUUGAAGAUAUGUCUUUCCUUCUCCACAAGUUCCCAUUACUUUCUCGGAGUGGGGUUUUGGAAAGGUUGAUUGCAGAAAAGUCAGAUGAAGGAGAAGAGGGUUGUAUCAUAAACCUCCCUGAAAUUCCUAGUGGGGCCAAAACAUUUGAACUUGUUGCUAAGUUCUGUUAUGGGGUGAAGCUUGAACUUACUGCCUCAAAUGUUGUGUACCUCCGGUGUGCUGCUGAACAUCUUGAGAUGACUGAGGAAUAUGGAGAGGGAAAUCUUAUUGCACAGACAGAGGUCUUCCUCAAUCAAGUUGUCCUUCAUAACUGGAAAGACUCUGUGAAGGCUCUCAAAACUUGCGAGGAUGUCCUACCCCAAGCCGAAGAUCUCCACAUUGUUAAGAGGUGCAUUGAGUCAUUGGCUGUGAAGGCAUGCAUUGACCCUAGUCUGUUUGGUUGGCCCAUGAUGGAGCAUGGUGGGCCCAUGCAGAGCCCUGGUGGGAGUGUCUUAUGGAAUGGGAUAAGCACAGGAGCCAGGCCAAGAAAAUCAAGUUUAGACUGGUGGUAUGAGGAUGUAUCGACUUUAAGUCUACCUCUCUAUAAAAGGCUUAUCUCAGCCAUGGAAUCUCGAGGCAUCAGACAGGAGACUAUUGCUGGGGCCCUGACAUUCUAUGCAAAAAGGUUACUUCCAGGGCUGAACAGGCGUCAAGGUGUCAGUGAGUCCAGUGCAUGUCUUGCACCUAUUCCUUUGGGGUCCCCUCCAUCUGAAGAGGACCAAAAGGUUCUACUUGAAGAGAUUGAUAGAUUACUGCCAAUGAAAAAUGGGCUAACAUCAACAAAGUUCCUAUUUGGCUUGCUUCGUACUGCUAUGAUCCUUCGUGCAAGCCCAUCUUGCAUAUCCAACUUGGAGAAGAGGAUUGGGAUGCAGUUGGAUCAAGCUACCUUAGAAGACCUCUUGAUGCCCAACUUCUCUUAUUCCAUGGAAACACUCUACAAUGUUGAGUGUGUACAGCGUAUUCUUGAGCACUUCUUGGCCAUGGAUCAGGCAGCAGAUGGGGCCUCCCCUUGUUCAGAUGAUGAGGGCCAGUUGAUGGGUUCACCUUCUUUGACACCAAUAACCAUGGUGGCCAGGCUGAUUGAUGGAUACCUUGCAGAGGUUGCCCCUGAUAUUAAUUUAAAGGCCUCCAAAUUUCAGUCACUGGCUGCAGCAGUUCCAGAGUAUGCAAGGCCAUUAGAUGAUGGCCUUUAUCGUGCAAUUGACAUAUAUCUCAAGGCACACCCAUGGCUCACAGAUUCCGAAAGGGAACAGCUGUGCAGGUUGAUGGAUUGCCAGAAGCUCUCCUUAGAAGCUUGCACCCAUGCUGCGCAGAAUGAGAGGCUACCCCUCAGAGUUGUAGUUCAAGUCCUCUUCUUUGAGCAACUCCAGCUCAGGACUUCGAUUGCAGGUUGUUUCCUCGUCUCUGACAACCUUGAUGGAUCAAGACAGUUGCGGAGUGGAUUAACAGGGUCAAAUGAAGGAGGUUGGGCAACGGCCGUGAGGGAGAACCAGGUGUUGAAGGUGGGAAUGGAUAACAUGAGGACGAGAGUAUCUGAGCUUGAGAAAGAGUGUUCAAGCAUGAAGCAGGAGAUUGAGAAGCUUGGCCGGGUGAAGACUUCUAGCACGUGGGGCAAUGUGUCAAAGAAAUUUGGGUUCAAGAUCAAAUCACAAAUGUGCAGCGCUCAAGAGGGUUCUGUGAGUAACCAGAGUAAAGGUGGAAAUGCAAAGGUUGAGAAGGUGAAGGACAAGCAUGCGAAACAUAAUAAAAUGUUAUCUGUUGACGAGUAGUCUCUUCACUCUUGUCUUUUUUUUUUUUACUAUUUUGCUGCUUUCUUUGUUUGUUAGAUUCAUCCCGUUCAUUUCAUUGGUUGUUUGUACGAUUUCUAUUAAUCCAAAAUCCAAACUGUGAAUUUCCAUCCCUGUCCGCA